UGUAUCAACUACGACAGAAGUUACUCGCGUUUUCAAUUCUUUAUGAAUGUGUGGAAAAAUAAUAGAGUGAAUGUGAUUACCGCAGGAUUAGUUUAAAUCGUUGAUAAUUAUUGUUCCGACACGACAUCAUUAAAUGCGCGAAAGGAACAGUGAAAUACACAAUGGAGAGACAGCUGGACUAGACUUACAGAUUGAACCGGGGGCUGGGUCUGUGAAAUUUAAUUACAAGCAAUUUGCGGUGAAGACGUGAAGACAUCCGGAAAAUGCACAACCGUAAAUGUCGUAACCCAGCCAAAUUGUUCGGUGAAAAUUCAAAUCAUCAUGUGAAACGAAGUUAAGCAUUUCAAAGUCCGUUCGUUUGCCGGGUAAUGUGUCGAGCGGAUGGGAAAAUAAAAGUUAAAAACCAAUAGCGAGAAAGCCAAGACUAGUGCCGGAAAAGAAAAUUGUUGAGCGUUUUUUUUUUUGUUUGUUCUCAAGAAAAAUGAUUUGCAACAUUGCCCUGUCGGGUUCGGCUCGAAUUUUCACGGAUAAAACUUCAUCCCAGCAGAUACAGGUUUAUGGUGUCCUCAUGGGUGGAAAUUUCACACCGGAACAGGUGGUGGAUGUUUGUUAUUUGAAUUUGUACGGCCUCAUUGCCAAUGUGCUAACCCUGACCGGACUGUGUGGGGCACUUCUCUACGUCAGCUGGAAGCUCGAUUGCAGGCGUCAUAAACUGCUGGCCUUGCAUAAUUUGCGGUCAAUGCUUGUCCUGGCAUCGAUCCUGACGGGCAUCUGUGAAGUGGCCCAGUACAGUCUUGUUGUGCAUCGACUCGGUACGCUCGGUCGCAAGGUGAACCUGCCCGUGACGACGGGACAACAAUUGGCAAUGACCGGGACGGAUCAAAUUUCCGAGACUCACCAACUAGACGCCAACGGUGUACCGCUUGCGACUGCAGUACUGGGGCUGUGUUGCGCUUGUACCGGCCUAUUGACGAUACUGACGGUGGCUGCCUUCGUGCGGGUUGUGGAACUGAAGGAUAGAUGUGGGCUGUUAUAUAUCGUCCUGGUGGCUCAAGGCGUUGUGUUCGUUGCAAAGUGGUGCAAAUUUGAAUACAUCAAUAAUGUCAUAGACACAGCAGUAGCCGGACUUCCAUGCUGUCUUGCACUGGUAUCGGCCCUCUCGCUAGCAGCUUUGACUUCGGUCGAUGGAAUCACCAUAUACUUGGAGAGCUCUGCCAAUCGGCGCCACAUAUCGACGAUAAUGUCAAGGAAUCCGACCGGGUACAAGUCAACCGUCUCGCCCUUCCUGUCACGCAUCACUUUCUGGUGGAUUACACCGCUGCUGUGGCGCGGUUUUGCCGAACCGUUGGAGCUGGAAAAUCUGGGAGAGCUGCCGGAAAGCGAUACCAGCCGGUAUCACUAUGAUCAGUUUCUGUUCAUUUAUCAAAGUUUUAAGAAUUCGGUGUCCCUGUGGCGGUGUUACGUGCUCAAUUGCUGGCAAAUGUUUCUCGCCGGUGGAGUGCUAAAGCUGCUGGGCGACCUUUGCGCUCUGGUGGGACCACUUUGCAUAUCCAAUAUCGUCGAUUACAUCGCAAAACCCGUGACAGCUUCAUCAUCAUCAGCAUCAUCGCCGUCGUCGUCGUCGGCGUCGUUCACGGUGGGACUGGCAGCUAGGGAAACAAUCGGUGGGGGUGUUAUUCUUUCGAAUGACACUGCACCAACAUCGUUUAAUGAUCGGAAUCGGUCGACGGCGGUGCCGGAUGGUUUCGACGGAACAGCUACUCCGCUGGACCCCCUGACAUGGACGGAACUGUUGGCCAACGGAUGGUUUGUGGCUCUGUUGGUUCUGGUCUCUGCGUUGGCUCAGGGUACAUUCUCGCAGGCUAGCACACACAUCAUGGACAUGGAAGGCAUUAAGUUGAAGAAUGCCUUGCAGGGAUUGGUGUACAGGAAAACUCUGCUGCUCAGAUUAUCUGGGUCACCGAAAUGCGUUCGACAGCCGGGUGAGAAAGUCUCCAGCACGGACGAUGUGCUAGCAGCUACUGAAACCAGUGACGCAAUCGACGGCGAUGGCAUCCAGGACCAUGACCAUGCAAAAUGCGAUAUCGGUGCAUCGUUCAAGGUCAACUCGAAUGGUGGAUCCAGUACACGAUGCGGUACAGAUGCUGCAACGGUAGCCGAAUUCAAAGCAAGCAAUCGAAAUUCGUUGCAAACUUUGAAGGAUGAGAUAAAACAUGAAAUAGCUCUUGCCAUCGAUUCCGAUGAUCAGCAACAGUUUGCAUCUGGGACCGCUACUCGAGUAGACCGUCGAUGCAAUCCCAUGGGCAAUAGCCGGGCAGACGCUUCCGGAGCAACAGCAAGUGAAAAACAAGCAAAAGCCACUGCCGACGAUGUUGAUAGUGCAAGCGCAACGGCAUCGGAACCGUUUGGACUAGGAAACAGUGUCGACGGAGCGGAUCAUAAGGGAGGCUACGCUGGCACUGCAUCCGAUGCAGGUACCAUAACAAAUUUAAUGUCCGAUGAUGCCUUUAACGUCAUGUCGUUUGUACGGAUUGCGCAUUACGUGUGGGCGAUUCCAUUGAAGAUCGGUGUUGUAAUGUACCUUCUCUAUCAGUUGCUCGGCAUAAGCACCAUCAUUGGAUCGGUCGUCUGUAUCGCCACGAUGACUCCCAUGCAGUUUCUCUUGGGAAAAAUGAUGUCAUCCAAUUCCAAGAAAGCUUCCGAAUGCACCGACGAACGGCUCCGGCGAAUCAAUGAGGUUCUACUGGGGAUAAAAUUAAUUAAACUCAACGCUUGGGAGAAUGUCUUCCGGGAGAAGAUCACAAAGGCCCGGAAGCAGGAACUUCGGCAUCUGGAUCUGGACUCAUGCUACUGGACGUUAAUGAUGCUACUCACCCACAUCUCCUCGGUGCUGAUAACCUUCGUCACCGUGGCAGUAUUCACCCAUCUGGAGGAGCCGGACGAUCCUGACUCGAAGAGCAUCCAAUUUACCGCGGCCCGUUUGUUUGCCUCGCUAGCCCUGUUCAAUCAACUGACGGUACCAUUGUUUAUCUUUCCAAUCACGAUUCCGAUUAUUCUGUCGGCAAUUGUGAGUACGAGAAGACUGGAAGCGUUCCUGGGUCGACCGGAAGUGUCCGGCACAAGGCGUGCUACUACGACGGUACCUGCUGACGACACCCGAGACGGUGGCACCAGUGAUAUAUCGGUACAGCAUCAUUGCGAAGAAAAUGAAGGCGACGACGACGAUGACAACGACGACGACGACGACGACGACGGCAACGUCAACGAUCAUGAUAUGGAGGAAGUCACUCACCGUUUGGCCAGCGAGAGAACAACCUCCGGGGUUAACGGUUUCCUACAAAAUAAUGGGUUGCAUAAACUGAUGGCAGCAGGUGCACAGCGAGAACUAUCGCCGAGGGCAAGUGGAAAAUCAAACGAUAAUUUAUGCCACGAAUCACCGGAGCGGGAAAGUGAAAACGAGCAGGAUUUGCAGCCCCGGGAAGUGAAAUCGCUGGAUUCCCAUCCAGAAUCCAGUUCGGGAACCGGUAGUAGUAGCACUCCUUUGCUACCGAAAGUUACUACUGCCAACCGGAUGGCACAAAGACGGACGUUCGUGGGAGGUUCAAAAGAGCAGCACCGGGAAAUAAAUCCCCAAGUGGUGUCGCCUGCGGACUGUGACCGUCAACCGGCUGAGUGCGAUCGAUUGGAGCAGAACCGUCUGGAGCAGCAAUCGCGUGGAUCGGUGCCUGCUAAUGAGUCGAGAUUCGGUACGCCCCCGAGCCACAAUGAUGAUGUAGCGAUUUGUGUGAGAGAUGCUCGUUUUCAGUGGGACUGCAAUGACAGUACGGACAGAAUUGACACAUCUAGGGCUGUUUUGAAGAUUGACUCGCUGAGUAUUCCCAAAGGAAAACUAACGAUUAUUGUCGGUCGCAGUGGUAGUGGUAAAUCAUCAUUACUGGCGGCAUUAUUGAAGGAAAUAAAUCAUCUGUCCGGUGAAGUGAAAUGGAACAACUGUUCAACCGUGGCGUAUGUCCCCCAGCACCCGUGGCUGUUGGAUGCCACAGUUCGAGAUAACAUCCUGUUCGGAGAACCGUAUCGACCGAAACGUUUCGAACGGGUGCUGAAAGUUUGUGCACUGAAGCCUGAUAUCGAACUGAUGCCAAACGGCGAUAUGAGCGAGAUUGGCGAACGGGGAAUUAAACUGUCCGGAGGUCAACGCCAGCGAAUCGUGAUGGCCCGGGCACUCUAUUCCACGGCAUGCGUCGUCAUUAUGGAUGAUCCACUCUCAUCGCUGGAUAACGAGGUCGGAAAGUUUAUUUUUGAGCACGGAAUCCAUCGAAUGCUGCGACAGCAGAAACGAACAGUCAUUAUUGUUACGCAAAAGCUGCAACUCGUGUUCAGAGCUGAUUACAUAAUCGCCAUGGAAAACUUUGCUCUUAAUGCAACAGGCUCGCUAUCGGAAAUUGAAAACAAUUAUCCACAAGUACUGCGACAAUGGAAUGCAAUUAUCGCAAAGGAACAGCAAUCGAGAGAAGCAGGAUCAAGCCCAGGAAAGACGGCACGGGAACGAUGGAAACUGUUUAAAAUUGUUUCCCGCAUCAGUUUGCAGAAACGACACACCACCGAGGAGUACUACCAGCCUGCCAGCAAGCUGCUCUACGACCCACGGGCACUCCAGCGUAAUUCCAGUUUAUUUGGAUCACGUUUUCAUACACACGAUUUGCCACUUCCCAUCGACGAGUGCCACGGUGAGAAUGUCCAGCUGCGACGUCAUUACUCGAAAAGGUACCGAAGCGAGUCCCGAACCGUACGAGGAUACAGCGAUGGAGCGGCGCUGGCAUCACCGGCAGGCCGUUCCCCGAUGAGGCCGAUGGAAGGCAUCUGUGCCACUCACACUCAAUCGCUUCCAGCCGGACGGGACAUCGAACAGGCAGGCGAUCGAUUGCUGCCGCUGGUCAGCCCGGCCACUUCUGUUCCGAGCCACUCUAGCCGGGAGGAAAUCUCGCCGACAACGGUUGAGGCAAAAUGCGAAAGAUUUCACUUUUCCGACUCGUAUCGGGGAGAUAUGAACCAAAUCGGCUUACGGCAGUUCCUUCGCCGCAUGAGUGUCCGCUUGUGGCCGACGCAACGUUACUCAAUUCCGGCAGAUUGCCGAAGCAGAAAACCGUCCAUCAUCAGUAAGGCCAGUUCCGUCAUAAGUUCCCCCAACAAGCGUCUUCCGCAACGGGACCAUGUCGAACAACAGCACCAGCAAAAACAGCACGGAGAUGAGCCCCAAUCACUUCGCAGGAUGUAUUCCGGUAGCUCUCGCAGCAGUGAUGACAACGAGGAGGAACCGACUGGAGACCAGACUAGCAAUGAUGGCUAUAAUCGGCUAAUUGUCGACGACGAGCGAAAAUAUGGCACGAUUCCAACCCGCAUUUACUGGCUGUAUCUGAAGGCAAGUGGAUUGAAUAUGGCAAGCACUUUUUUGCUUAGUGCUUUGGCCCAGCAGUGUCUUCGCGUGUACACGGACUUUUGGCUGCAGAACUGGACCGAGAGAACCCAGCAGCAUCCGGAAGGGGUUGAUCCGCUUGAUAUCAAGUACAAUUUCCGAGUGUACGCGCUGCUUUCUGGAAUGUGCAUCCUGUUGGCGGCCGUAUCUUUUCCGACCGGUCAGAUGGCGGGUAGUAAUGCACGCAGACGACUGCAUCGGCAGCUGGUGGGAUCGGUACUGCGAAACUCCAUCCACUUCUUCCAAACGGUACCGCUGGGUCGAAUCAUGAAUAGAUUAAGCAUCGAUAUCGGUGUAGUCGAUAAGAAAAUCGCCGCAACAAGUCAGAAAUUGCUGCAAUUCGUUUCGCUGUGCCUUUGUGCGGUGCUCAUAAAUAGUAUCGUGACGCCGUAUUUCAUCCUGUUAACAAUACCAAUUUGCGGCAUUUAUUACGCCGUCCAGAAGUUCUACCGGUGCUCCUCCAGGGAACUGCAACGACUGGAGAGCAUUACUUAUUCGCCAAUUAUCGCACACUUUUCCGAAACUAUCGACGGUGUAACGACGAUACGGGCUUACCGGCAGGAGUCCCGGUUCACCGAUACGCUAUUUCGGCGGAUGGAGGCCAACAACGUGGCCCAGGUAAUACUGAACAGUAGCAAUCGGUGGCUGGGAAUUACGCUGGAUUACCUCGGCGCCUUUAUCGUGUUUAUUGCAAUUGUGAGCGGUUUGGUCACGGCUAGUUUAAACCCGGACAUGACCAGUUCAUCCCUGAUUGGGCUGGCCAUUAACUAUGCCCUGUUGGUUCCGAUCUACCUCAAUUGGGUGGUGAAGCUGGCAGCCGAAAUGGAGAUGUUCAUCGGUGCGGUCGAACGGAUACAGUGCUUUAUCGAGAGCAGCCAGGAGCGUGCCAGGGAACGCAACAAAGUGAAAUACAAACCUGUACCGAUUUCGUGGCCCCAGAAAGGUGACAUCGUGUUCGAGAACGUCUCGUUGCGCUACGAGAGCCAAAAGGAAAACAUUAUAACAAAUUUGAAUUUAACUAUCCCCACUGGACAGCGGAUUGGCAUAUGCGGACGAACCGGAAGCGGUAAAUCUUCACUGGCACUCUCCCUGUUCGGGGCCCUCGAACUUGUCAAGGGGCGGAUAUUGAUCGAUGAUGUGGACAUCGCCGGUAUUAACAGCGAGGAGCUGCGUUGCCGACUUUCCAUCAUUCCCCAGGAAGUGAUGUUAUUCAGGGGCAGCUUACGCGAAAAUCUGGACCCUCGGGGACACUUCGGCGAUUUGGAGCUGUGGAAUUGUCUGGAAAUGGCACAACUGAAGGAGGUGGUGGUGGCAUUGUCAGAUGGGUUGGAUACUCAAAUAGAUGAAGGCCAGGCCCUGCUUAGUGCCGGUCAGCGACAGUUAUUCUGUUUGGCACGGGCCGUCCUGCGGGGCUCGGUUUGUCUGGUGCUGGAUGAGGCUACCUCCUCGCUCGAUUUGGAAACGGAAAAACUGGUCCUGGAGGCAGCCGGGAAAGCGUUCAAAGGACGAACAGUAAUCACGAUAGCGCAUCGAUUGCAUUCGCUGUUCGAUUACGACCGAGUCAUCGUGCUGGAUCAUGGCAGCAUCGUUGAGGACGGGAACCCCCGAGUGCUGAGGAAAAAAUCUGACUCCAAGUUUGCAGCCAUGCUGAAAGCAUCGACCGACUACCAGCAACAGCAAAGUCUGGCUACUGUUCGCAUUGCGGAGUAGCACCGAUGGGUGAACUGGCAGUUAGCGGCUGGCUUCACUGUGUGUGUAGUUGAAUUGUUAUUCCUUGUCUGACCGAUUCGCACGGGAUCUAGUACAUACAUACGGGUAAACGGGGACGAGUUUGAGGCAGUUAUCGAUAAACACUUCGUUGAAUCGGCAAGAGCAGAGGGAUACAGCACACAAUCUAAAUUAAUCUCCAGUGAGUAUAAUUAUAGAACUGUUAGUAAUGAUACUAAACGCUAAUAUGUUCAACAGACUAAGAUUACUGUUAUCUAUAAUGUUUUACUAUUUAUUAAAGAAAAGAAGAUGUGGAGAUCGGUGACAACCAUUUGGAAUAA